GCCCUCGGCGCGCGCGCCCUGUCAGCGUCUCGCGCGCCGUCUCUCAGUCCGCCGGCGGCUCCGCUACGCGACGGCGGGUUCCCGCUUCCGUCCCCGCUCCCGAGCGUCCGUUCCCCUCGCCUCGGCGUCUCCCCGCGCCCCGCAGCCUCGGCCGCGGCAGCGCGGGCCCCGCCGGCGGUGCCGCACUCGGAGAAUUAACUAGGCUUCAAAAUGAAAGUGAGGAAGAAGAGUCCUGGAAAGUGUUAAUUUGAACAGAAAGUAUUACUGAUAUUACAUGUUGCUUUGGUGCUAUUCGGAGAAGGAAGAUCCUACCUCUGAUCUAGUUUCCGGUGUUUGCAGCUGUUAUGGAGUGAUGUGCAGAAGCUGGUGGAAGAGAAGAUUUGGUGAAGAACUUCAGCACCAGCAAGAAUGAAAGGAUCAAAUACUAGCUAAAGGUUGCCUGUUCCUGCCCCUACCACUCUGUUCCUCACCGAAGGAUGGGAGCUCAUCAAUUUGAAGAGAUAUAUGUGCAGAAAGAUUUGGAGCUUUCAUGAUUGAGGACUGCUAAAGUAAAGUGGCCAUGAAAAAAACAAACCCAGUCCUGGGAUGCAUCAGGCAGAGGAAGUCCAAGAGAGAAAAGAUUGAAUGAACUUGGAAGUUGUUGGGAAAUCUUUUCUCUAAACUUGAAAUGGAAUUGAAACAGCAGAAAAAGCUGAAUGGAAGGAAAAAGAAAUUAAGAAUAUAAUCCAAGAACAAUACAAUGUUAAUUCUCUCUGUGUUCAACUCCAUAAGGAUCUUCACUAAGGAGUUGCAGUGAAACAAACACAGAAUAAUUUUUCUUCAGUACAAUGUGGUGAAGUGGAGGAACUGAAAUUGUCCACUUCUGUACAGGCUAAGGACUUAAAAUGUGUGUUGCUUUGUGAACAGAAACAGUUCUGGAGUGAACUGAGCAUCUGAAAAUGCGGCCAUGGACUGGUUCCUGGCGUUGGAUUAUGCUCAUCCUCUUUGCGUGGGGAACUUUACUCUUCUAUAUUGGUGGACACCUGGUACGAGACAGUGAGCACCCAGAUCAUUCUAGUCGUGAAUUGUCCAAGAUACUUGCUAAACUUGAACGUUUAAAGCAACAAAAUGAAGACUUAAGGCGGAUGGCAGAAUCUCUCAGGAUACCAGAUGGACCCAUUGAUCAGGGACCAGCUGCAGGAAAAGUACAUGCUUUAGAGGAGCAACUUUUAAAGGCCAAAGAACAGAUAGAAAACUAUAAGAAGCAGACAGGAGAUGGAGGCCUUGGAAAAGACCAUGAAAUACUGAGAAGAAGGAUUGAAAAUGGGGCUAAAGAACUUUGGUUUUUCCUCCAGAGCGAAUUAAAGAAGUUAAAAAAUUUAGAAGGAAGUGAACUGCAAAGACGCAUAGAUGAAUUUCUGUCUGAUUUGGGGCAUCAGGAAAGGUCAAUAAUGACAGACUUGUACUACCUCAGUCAAACAGAUGGAGCAGGAGAUUGGCGAGAAAAAGAGGCCAAAGAUCUAACAGAUCUCGUACAGAGGAGAAUAACUUACUUACAGAACCCGAAGGACUGCAGCAAAGCUAAGAAACUUGUCUGUAAUAUUAACAAAGGCUGUGGCUAUGGUUGUCAGCUUCAUCAUGUAGUCUACUGCUUCAUGAUUGCUUAUGGCACUCAGCGAACACUCAUUUUAGAGUCUCAGAAUUGGCGCUAUGCUACCGGUGGCUGGGAAACUGUAUUUAGACCUGUAAGCGAGACCUGUACUGACAGAUCUGGUACAACCACUGGACACUGGUCAGGUGAGGCUAAUGAUAAGGAUGUACAGGUGGUGGAGCUCCCUAUUGUUGACAGUUUACAUCCACGGCCACCUUAUUUACCAUUGGCUGUUCCCGAAGACCUGGCUGAUAGGCUAAUUCGUGUACAUGGGGAUCCUGCGGUAUGGUGGGUCUCACAGUUUGUCAAAUACUUGAUUCGUCCACAGCCUUGGCUAGAAAAAGAAAUAGAGGAAGCCACAAGGAAACUUGGUUUCAAGCAUCCUGUGAUUGGUGUUCAUGUUCGGAGGACAGACAAAGUAGGAACAGAGGCAGCAUUUCAUCCCAUUGAAGAAUAUAUGGUGCAUGUUGAAGAGCGGUUUGAACUUCUUGCUCGUAGAAUGCAUGUUGAUAAAAAGAGAGUAUAUUUGGCUACAGAUGACCCUUCAUUAUUGCAAGAAGCCAAAUCCAAGUAUCCAAACUAUGAAUUUAUCAGUGAUAACUCCAUAUCUUGGUCAGCGGGACUUCAUAAUCGAUACACUGAAAACUCCCUAAGAGGUGUUAUUCUGGAUAUCCACUUUUUGUCUCAGGCAGACUUCCUGGUCUGUACAUUUUCAUCCCAGGUUUGUCGAGUUGCCUAUGAAAUUAUGCAGACAUUGCAUCCAGAUGCUUCAGCAUAUUUCCAUUCUUUGGAUGAUAUCUACUACUUUGGGGGACAGAAUGCACAUAACCAGAUUGCUGUUUAUGCUCAUCAUCCACGAACUGCUGAUGAAAUUCCUAUGGAACCUGGAGAUAUAAUUGGAGUAGCUGGAAAUCACUGGGAUGGUUAUUCAAAAGGAAUCAAUAGGAAAUUAGGAAAGACAGGCCUGUACCCGUCCUAUAAAGUUAAGGAGAAAAUUGAGACAGUCAAAUACCCCACAUACCCAGAGGCUGAAAAGUAGAAUAAAAGGAAGACAUUUGGCAGUAAUUCUCACUUUGACUCAAAUCAGUCAACAUACUAAUGGUUUAUAUGGGAUUUGAAUUUGCAUUUUAACAUGCAUUUAAAAUCAAAGCCUUGGUAAUGAAACUGGAUAAGAAACUGAGAACAAAUGGAUGGGCUAUUAUCUGAACUCACUCUUAAACAUUUUUUGUUAUAUGCACUCUCACACAUGCACACACAUGAACGCAUACAGCAGGAAAACUGUUGUUUUAUACUUUUUGUCUCUUCAAGAUUUGUCCCAGUCAGUAGUCUUAUGUGAGCUUUCAGCUCCUUUCUCUGCCAUUAUAUGACAAUAAUGCUCAGACUUAUAACACUGCCAUAUUGUGUAAUUUGAGUAACAUGAACAUAUUUUGUAUGUGCAAAAUUUAAAACAUGGUGCCUAUAUUUGAAAGAUUUGUGACAUUUUUAAAAGAGCCAUGCCUAUUUCACUGAUGCGCAAGAGUCAGUUUUCAACUGUUACCAUGAUCACUGAAUUUGCUUCAAAGAGAUUCAAAUUUCAGACUAGAUUUCUUUACAAGUUUAUUUUUAGCAUUCCAUUGGUUACUUCUCAUGAUUAAUAAAAUAAAGGAUACAUCCAACAAUGAAAUAGUCACUGUCUGUUAGGAACUUUUGUAAAAACAAUGCCAUAAACAAAUUCGUCAGUAGUGAAUGUUUUUGGACAUUGCUUUUUAUUUAAAACAGCAGCAAAAAAAAAAAAGGGAAUGAAAAAGUGGCAGAACUGGAGUUUCAUCAAAUGUACAUGCACUUAGAAUAACAACAGGUGGUGGCAGAGUGGUUCUUGGUUCUGUGGGCAGCAGGUUUUAGCAGGAUGACUUCAGUGGCUUAUUUUCUUACAUCUACUUUCAAGCAUUUUCUUUUACUCUCUCUGUUUCUCUUUUGGAAGUAUUUUUUAGGGUAUUAGAGGUAGCUAUUUAUAGUUCUGACAUUGUAUCUAGUUGAUUUGAAGCAAAAAUAUUCCAGGUCUCCUGUUUUUAGAUCCCUUCAAUUCACAUGUAAUUUCAGAAGGAGUAUAUGCUGUUUUCACUGCAUUAGUACUUUAAAAAAAAAAAAAAAAAAAAAAAAAAAAAGCAACAGUUUACCCAGAAAAUAGUAGGUUCCAGUAGAAUAUACACAAGGGUACAUUUUUAUGCAUGAUAUUAAGUUGUUAGUAAUUCUUAGUGUUUUGAGAUCUGCUGCUAGUCUAUACUGAAAAGAGAAUUUAAAAAUUUUACAAACAGAUUUGCAGAUUUGAGGGUUAUGUAUGCGUGUGUAUAUAUAAAUGUACAAGAUAUUAAGAGUAUUUCCAAUUGAGAAUAAUAUUAAUAACAUUGUACAGGUUCUAGUGCUGUCAGAGUUAGAAUACUGGAAGUAAAGAAAAUCUUUACUCUUCAGACACUGAGAAAAUGCCACAUGAGUAAAUGUUUUUAAAAAGUGUGGCUUUUAGAAGGUAAAACUUAAAAAGAUAUUUAAGUAUAUUUAUGAAGAGAUCAAGGACAGUUUUUACCCAAGAACAAACAGAUGCAGUUGAUCAUGAAUAAUUUCUACUACCAAGUAGAAGGAACUCCCUGGAGCUGUGAAGUUUAGCAAUAGUUUUCUAAUUGAAAUAGUAAUGAAUUAGGUGGAAUAUGGACGGUAUAUGAUAGAAUUAACUAAUUGGUUGUCUGUGGCAUUAUUUGCAGGACAGAUCCUGUAGAUCCCUUGCAGUUACGUGUUCCUCCAGUGAAAAGCUAUUGUCUUGAAAAAGAACAACAAAAUCAAAACUGCUGUGGAGAAAAAAGAUAAGUUACCUGCUACUAGUAGUAAAUAGAGAUCUCAGUAAAAAACAGAAUAGAUACCAAAUAUUUUUAAUGAAUAAUUGAAGAGUAAAGGCAAAUGAGUAAAAGAGUAGGCAAGAAAUGCUGAAGUUGAUGAAUAUUGUGACUAAAGCUGACUUGAGUUAACUAGUAUUUCUGUAUUUUCAAAAGAACUGAGGAAGCUGUCUGGUGUUAGAUUAUCAUCUAAGUGAUUUUGACAAAUUUUCCACCAGCUUAAGCCAAACUUGUGAUAUUUUGGAGGCAAAAAUGAAAGCUAAUACACAACUUCCCUUUAAAUUUGUAUGGUCCGUGUAAAGCUACUAUUACUAUUAUUUUUUUUUACUUGAAAAUAUUCAAAGCCAAAAAUAUUUAUUUCUCAAUGAUUAAAUCAAUGCAUUUUAUCUUUGAGAAAUGUAAUUUUUAACUAUUUCCACACCAUUAUCUAUUUGAUAUUUUUAGAUUUUGAAUGUUUUAUUUUUGAAGAUCUUUAUUUAUACCUUCAGACGUUGUAGUUCUAAGCUCGUUUUUUGCAACUGACACAGAAAUAGUAUAAAUGAAUUAACAUGUGAGAAAAUCCUCUGUAGUCAGGUAAGUUGAUUGAAAAUAUCACUAAAAAAGAUAAAUAAAAAAAAUUUAAGAUAAACCCAAAGGCAAGAAUAUAUCUUUUGAUGUAGUAACCAUAGAACUGAAAACACUGAUGCUGUGGAGUAAAUAUCCAUAUAAUUUGGCAAUUGCUUAACUAACUGUAAAGCUGACAAAAUAUUGGCAAGGUGCUUGUGUGUUCUUACAUAUUCCAAGUACCUAAUAAAUAAUUAUCUUAUUGUCUUUGAUGAAAAUGAUGGUUAAAUCAUAUGAAAUUAUAGAAUUAUUGUUAAUAAUUAAGACAUGUUUUAAUGUAGAUGCUGUGACCUUAUUCCAUUGGAUCAUAUGAUUCUCUGUUGCUUACGGUGCAGUGCUUCUCAGAAGAAGCAUCCUAGCGGUAGGCUGUUUGCUGGAUGUAUCUGUCUCUAGAGAUGUUUUCCUAAAGGCUAUGAAUCAGUUAUGUCUUAGUGUCCUGGGACCUUGGGAUGUUUAAAGUGAUUCUCAGUUACAGUAAAAUCAAGACAGCAUGGAAAAAGGGAUCUGUGGUUAAAUGAAGAUGAGACCUCCAAAUUUUUAUUGUAGCUAACCAAAAAAUGAAAUAACAGGAAUAAAAAAUUGUCUUACGUACCUGAAAGAAUGCUGAAUUUUUGAAAGUUUUCAACUCAUUAAGGUACUAUCUAGAAUGCUGUCAAGCAGGCAUUUACACACCUUGUUUGUUUCAUUCACUUUGUAGCUCUGCAACAAUUUUUGCCUCAUACCAAACUACCAAGUCCUUACUUUCUCUCAAGCAAGAUAAUAUUAAAUUAAAUUUUUUCUCUUUAAGUUGCGUUUGUGCAUGUGUGAGUGUAUGUUGUAUUCAUAAAGAAAAAAACAAGAAACAAUACUGCUUUCUUUGUUAAUUUAUAAUUGUUACAUUCUUUGUAAUAACUUAUUUUCUAGGUAAAUGUAUUCUCUGUAUACAAAAUAUUCCAAUUCUCACUAGCUGGGCUAAGAAAUAUAUUCUGCCAUUCAGUUAAGUAGUCUUCUAUGACCAUGGUGCACCUUUUAGCCUGGGAUCAUAGUCAACUCACUGCUGCAAUUACACCAACCUGAGUUCUGUUCUCAAUUUUCAGCCCAGUCUGCAGUCACUUGCAUGGAAUUCCCAAACUUCCUCUACCAACAUGCUGUCUUGGUGAACUGUGAGGUGUUAUGGAUUUGUUCAUGAAAUGUUUUGUCUAUUCCUUCUACCACGGGACUUCAAGGAGACUUGUGAUUAUCAGAAAGAUUUAUCUUCUUUACUGAUUUUUUCAGAAAAGAGAACUGAUCAUACUUCUUUUAGGAAAGAUAUUCACAAUCUGAAAGCUUCCUCCAAAACUGAAACAUGUUUCAUUUUCACAAUACGUUUUUGUUUCUUUAGUUUGCAGUUAAAAGAUGUGAGUAUCAGCUUCUGAGGUAGAAUCAUAAUAAUAUGUAAAAUAGAAAAUUUUCCUUACAAAUUCUCCUUGCUAAAGGGAGGUUGAUUUUCCUUCAUACCAGUGGUGUAGCCCCUACAGUUUAGGUAUUUUUCAAAACAGUGAAUUGAACUUCUGUUUUUUCAGUUCAUAUGAUUCUUUGCAAUGUAAUCUCUCAAAUGUUUGAAGAAUCCUGGUGAAAAGCGUUUGCUUAGUUUGUGAGGUGGGAAUAAGUCUAAUACAACUAGAUAUUUUAUACUUCUAAGUUGCUGGAUCAACUUUAUAAAGCAACAGGACUUAAAUAAACCUUUCAGAGAUUAAUGAUCUCUGCCAGCAGAUCCUUGCCAAAAAUACUUAAUUUGCAGUCCCUUUUUUGAUUUUGCCUGGUACAAGUCUUAGUCUUGUUUAUAAACAUCAAGCUGGUUAUGUUCUGAUCAUUGGCUGUUACUAUUUUACUUAUUUAUUUGUUGUUUUGUUGAUGAAGGCUAGCUGAAACACUCUUAAAGGACUUAAAUUUUAUUUGGUUUACAUAUUGUGUUGAAUUAAAAUUACAUUUAAAACUCACUAAAAUUCCAUUUGCUGAAGCCACCACUAGAAUUCUUUUCAAAGGCUGCAGACUUAUGUCAAGGGCCACAUUAUGUACUGCAGGUUUUUAGGGAGCAAGACUGAAGCAAAAAAAAAAAAAGUCAACCACAAACAAGUUGGGCUAGACUUCUUAGUAUUCUGUUCAUUUCUCAAGGUAUGAAAUAUGACAUUACAAGAGACAAAUAAGAGUAUAAAAUUUCCAAGCCUGCAAAAAAUUGUUGGUGUCUGCCUGCAUCACUGGUUGCAUUAAUUAUUUACAAGAGUAUUUCAGAAUGAAAGUACAUGAGGCAGAGUAUGAGAGGAAUCUGAGAAUCCCUGCCACAAUGUGGUUGCAAUAAAAAGAGAUCUUUACAGCUGUUGGUACUUUGUACAAGUGCCUAAUGUUACUGAUGGUGUUUGCUGUUCAGUGGAACCUUUAUUUUGGAUGUUUAUUUCCUUUGACGAAACUUACUUGUUGAUAGAAUCCUGUUGCUUCUUCAGUUGAAUCAAGUUUGGAUUAUACAAAGGUGUGCCAAUUAUUUGCACCAAAAUAUCUAUUACAGUUUCUUAAGAUUACCUCCAUGCUCUUAGGCUGACUCCUAAGGAGAGACUAGUGAGGGAAGGAUCUAUCUCUGCUGGCCCAGACAUGUUAUAUAAUUGCUGAUAAGUACAAGUUUUACUUUCAAGUUUGCAUUAUUUUUCACCUUUUUUUAUAGAUGAAAAAAAUAUAUAUUUUUAAUUUUAGUUUACUUAUGAAGUGUUUUAUUGACCACGGUGAGAUAAAGUCCCAACUAUCUUACGCUUAUAAAUCUAUCAACCCAUUUCCUCUAAUUAUCCUAGACAUCUCUCAGUCUCAGUAUUCUAAAAGAACCUUCUAGAUUAUUUCCUGAAGUCUAUGACUUUUUAAUGCUUUUCCAUUGACCCUGCUGACUGCUGACUACUUGCAUCUGAGCUGUAUAGUUCUGUAUGAACCUUUAUCAAACCUUUCUGCUUAGUGUAUUUUGGGUUUUUUGCUAAUGGUUAGUGAUCACUACUUCACCAGAAAAGCAAGGUGACAGCAAGCAUGAAAAUGUAGUUUAUUUUUUCUACUUUUUGUUUUAGUGGUUUUAUUUCUUUGCAAAAUGCAUUUGAAUCAGAAGAGAAUACUUGCUACUCAUCCCAUGACAAAUUUCUUGACCAGAUGAAGAAUGUCUUCACAUAGCGUUCCCGAUCCAUUUAUUUUUUUAUUUGUCUAGCACUUCUAAUAUACUAACACUUGCAGUUUAGACAAGUGAUAAGGGACAUAAUCUGAAUGCAGUCUUUUACAGAACUGUAAGAAUCAGGUCAUUUUCUUCAGUCUUAAAAUCCUUCAUUUUAGCUUUGUCUUAGGCUUUCUGCUCUUUCUUUGGUGUAUGUUCUGCUAUAAUAGAGCUGCACAAUUCUCAAUUACUUGACUAGGAGUAGAACCACAAGAAUAUUAUAUAUCUGUGAGAAUGCACGGAAUGUGGAGACUACUGUCCAUUUCAGCUGUCUACAAAAGAUCUGUCUCUGAAAGAAGCCAAGUAUGUUUGCCGAAGUCUUUUCCAACUUGCAGCCUGGAGGUGUGGAAGGAGACCAAAAACCAGGACAUCGUACUUAAUGCUUCAUGAAUGGAAGGAAUCUGACAUCUGUUACAUCCAGCCAAGAUGCUGGAAAGAAACUGACAAGUUGUCUCACUGCUUCAACUUAGUGUUGGAGAAUGAUCUGUGAUGAAUUUAUAGUUUUAAAUCUGUGGUCUCUUUGUAACAUCUAUAAAACUUGAUCUGAUUUCACUUGGAAUGAAAUUGUUAUACUGAAGGAAUAAAUUCAGAUUUAUGGACUUAAACUGCUAAACGGUAUUUCUUCUUGCCUUAGAUGGAGUUCAUUGUACAUUAACAUUUCUUAAAAUUAUUUUUGUGACUGUAUUUCAGUUAUUCAGUCAGUUGACCAUUUUCAACAUGAGCUUAACUAGAUGUUGUGCAAUGACUAGAAUUAAUGAAUCUUUACAUAAUAGUUUAAGGAUUGAUGGAUGUUUAAUUUUUUCCUUUAUACUUGUAUUUUUUCUUUUGAAUUUGAUUUUGUAGUGUUUGCUUUUAUUUGUUACAUUAAUAUUUUGUUUAGGUGUUUAUAUUGAUUACUGUUGUGUUUAUGAAAAGAAGUUCUUAAACCAAACCAAACUGCUAGCUCAAAUAUCAGAUGUCAGAUUCAGGAUGUAUUCUUAGUACCUUCCUAUUUUCUGGUGACAUUUGUUAUUCUUAGUAUAUUUAUAUGUUUGAUUGUGAAACAACACAGUGGUUUAAGAAAUUAUCUGUAUGCUUAGUUUGCUCUUAUUCCAGCUUUUGUAUCUUAGCAACUGACCAAGCAUAUGCUAAAUGUAUUUCAGCAUGAACUGAAUUAGGUUCAUUUAUGCCACUGCUGGUUGGGUUAGUGAGAGUUUUGGAGUAAACAUGAAUGUAUAAUCUUGA